GGUGCCGGCGGCUCCCAUUCGGUUUCCAGCCUCCAGAAGCCGCGGCUCCGGUGCCGCCUCCGCCCCGGGGCUCCGGCUUCCCGCCCGGCCCGCCCGGCCCGCCCGGUUUGCGGGCCAUGGAGCUCCGAGCGGCGGAUCGAGAGCAGCCGGAGCGCCCCAGCCCGUCCGCCUGGUGCCUGGCCCGCACCCCUUCCCAGCGGGAGCCCUGGAGACGGCAGCGCGGUGGCUGCUGAGCAGCGGCAGCAGCAUGAAGGCCCCGGGCCGGCUCCUGCUCGUUACCCUGUGCUCCUUGGGCUUCUCUGCUGCCUACAUCCUGCUGUGCUGCUGGGCUGGCCUGCCCUUCUGCCUGGCCUCCUGCCUGGACCCCCAGCCCUCCACCAACUCCAGGCCCACUGUGCCGGGGCCCCUGCGCUUCAGCGGAUACAGCAGCGUGCCAGAUGGGAAGCCGCUGGUCCGAGAACCGUGCCGCAGCUGCGCCGUGGUGUCCAGCUCGGGCCAGAUGCUGGGCUCGGGCCUGGGUGCCGAGAUCGACAGUGCUGAGUGCGUACUGCGCAUGAACCAGGCGCCCACCGUGGGCUUUGAGGCGGACGUGGGCCGGCGCAGCACCCUGCGCGUGGUCUCGCACACGAGCGUGCCCCUGCUGCUGCGCAACUAUUCGCACUACUUCCAGCAUGCUCGAGACACACUCUACGUGGUGUGGGGCCAGGGCAGGCACAUGGACCGGGCGCUGGGCGGCCGCACGUACCGCACGCUGCUACAGCUCACCAGGAUGUACCCAGGCCUGCAGGUGUACACCUUCACCGAGCGCAUGAUGGCCUACUGCGACCAGGUCUUCCAGGACGAGACGGGCAAGAACCGGAGGCAGUCGGGCUCCUUUCUCAGCACUGGCUGGUUCACCAUGGUCCUCGCCCUGGAGCUGUGUGAGGAGAUCGUGGUCUAUGGAAUGGUCAGCGACAGCUACUGCAGGGAAGACAGCCACCCCUCGGUGCCUUACCACUACUUUGAGAAGGGCCGGCUGGACGAGUGUCAGAUGUACUUGGCGCACGAACGGGCGCCCCGCAGUGCCCACCGCUUCAUCACCGAGAAGGCUGUGUUCUCUCGCUGGGCCAAGAAGAGGCCCAUAGUGUUCGCCCACCCAUCGUGGAGGACCCAGUAGCCCCGUCACCUGGCCGGCCGCCACGCCUUCACAGGGCCUCUGUUCCACACUCCACCAAAAACAUUUAAUUUAUGGGUCAUGUCUCCCGCCAUAUGCCUCGUGGGCCUUCUUGCCCUACCCUGGGGACACUUGGAGCCCUUUUAGGGCCCCGGACUUGAGGGGGGCAAGAGGAGGACCGUGGUGACCUUUGCACCCUCCUCCACACCCCACUCCCUGAGUCAUCCAAAUCUUCAUUUGGGGGUUCAUCCCUUCUCUGGAUCUGUCCAGUGGCCUUUGCCCCAGGGCCAGUGGCUCCCCCCCUCACCAGCAUCGUGACUUCGAUCUUGCAACAGCCCUGGUCCCUCUUCACUCUCCCCCCUCCACCUGCCUUUGGUGCCACACUUCCCAGGGUGGUUGCCCUGGUCAGGGCAGCCUGCAGCUUGCGGUUCAUUGGGCAAAGGGGCCUUUGAACUGUGACUGCCAGGGCCACCUCUGGAGUGUACGGGUAAACAUGUGUUUUCUGGAA